GAGUUCUAUUCCAUCUCCACCACCACCACCACACAAGCUAAUCAAGCUCUCAACUCCAUCCCAGCUCCACGGUUUCCAGCAAGCAAGCCGAAGCACUAGAUCCUCGAUCGAUGGCUCGCGUGGCACUGCUCGCCGUGUUCGCCGUGCUCGCCGCACUGGCGGUGGCGGAGAUGGCGUCCGGGGCGGUGACCUGCGGCGACGUGACGUCCGCCGUCGCGCCGUGCAUGUCCUACGCGACGGGGCAAGCGUCGGCGCCCUCGGCGGGGUGCUGCAGCGGGGUGAGGACCCUGAACGCCAAGGCGUCCACCUCGGCCGACCGGCAGGCGGCGUGCCGCUGCCUCAAGAAGCUGGCCGGGUCGGGCAUCAGCAUGGGUAACGCCGCCAACAUCCCCGGCAAGUGCGGUGUCUCCGUCUCUUUCCCCAUCAACACCAAAGUCGACUGCAACACCCUUCACUAAGUUAUCUGCCAGCAUCAUCAUCACACCAGGCUAGCUAGCCGACUCGGUGUCUACUGUUGCUGCUCCUUGCAUGUGUUCGCUGUUGUUUUCUGCAUGUGUUCGACCUCCAUCUGUUGCCCCUGUUACAGAUCGAGCAAGUGAAAUAAAAUAAUGUGUUGAGCUUAAUCUUGUACUCCUAUGACAUUGGCUGUUAUCAAUAAUGAUUAUAAAGUAGUUUCAUGCCCGCA